GAUUGUGACCCAGGACAGGACUUCAUCUUUACACUCUUACUUAUACCUUUGUCCCAGGCCUCAAGAGUAAGAAACCUGCGUCGGCGAUUGACACGCCAAUACCGGUUGUACUCGCUGUUACCGCUUGGCAACAAGCUAAAUACAUUGAUCGUUGCAUCGCAACCUGGAAGUGUUUGCUCCGGAGCGCCCCGGUUCCAUCAUCGAUUGCGGAAUCACCCGGAGUAGGCUUUUACAGAGGUUCUUCUUUCGUCUCGAGGCCUUGCGGGCGCGACCUGAUCGCUAGCUUGAAGGGGCCAGGCGGGAUGUUGCGACGGCUUCCGGGCUUGCUGGGGCGCCUUGGGGGCGCUGCCGGCGGCAGCGCUGCCUCGGCAGCGUCGUCCGCUGCCGAGGCCUCAGUCGCCUCCAUGGCCUCCGCCUCCGCGCCGCGCGCCGCCGCGGCGGGCUUUCGCUCGCGGCUUUUCUCCUCGGAGACCAAGGGCGCGCACAGCGUGCUGGAUGAGGUGGCGCAGGCUCGCCUCAAGCGCAUCAAGAGCCAGCUGGAGGCCACAGGCGAGCUGCCUGUGGAGCCGCCCAGCGGCGGCGUGUGGGGCGCCAUUCGCAUGCUGUGGCGCGGCGCGCUGCUCGGCGCUACCGGCCUCGGUGCCACCGCCGCCUACUACACCUACGCCUACGACACGAAGGAGCUGGUGUCGAUCGUGAAGCAGACGCGCGCCGAGCUCAAGGCGGAAGAGAAGCCCAACCCGCUGCGGAAGCUGUGGUGCGACGGCAUGCAGCGCUACCUGGUGUUCCGGCACGACAUGGAGAGCCGCAUCAAGGACUUCACUGACCCCGCUACCGACAAGCUGCUGCCGGACCAGCACCCAGCCAUGAAGGGCGCCAUCACGCUGGUGCUGGACCUGGAUGAGGUGCUAGUGUGGAAGGAGUGGACGCGGCAGCGCGGCUGGAGCAUCUACAAGCGCCCAGGCGUGCAGGAGUUCCUGCUGGAGAUGGCGCAGUACUUUGAGAUCGUGGUGUACACGGAUGAGCCGUACACGUACGCCGACCCCAUCCUCAACAAGUUCGACCCGCAGCGGGUGGCUGUGAUGCACCGGCUGUACCGCACCGACACGCAGUACCUGGACGGCAAGCACGUGCGUGACCUGUCCAAGAUCAACCGCGACCUCAACCACGUUCUCAUGAUCUCAGCCAAGCCCGAGGCCUGGGCGCUGCAGCCUGAGAACACGCUGAAGCUCAAGCCGUGGAAGGGCCAGCCCGGCGACACCGGCCUCAUCGACUUGAUACCCUUCCUGCAGUUCCUGGCCAUGCGGCGUGUAAAGGACGUGCGUGACGUGGUCAAGUCAUACGACGGCGUUGAGGACAUCCCGGCCGCCUUCCGCGCGCGGCUGCAGGAGGCGGCGGCGCACCAGCGGCAGGGCCAGCGGCGGCCCAGUGGCUUCCUGGCGCCGCGGUAGUGGCGGCGUGAGGGCGAUGCGGCGGCGGAGGCGGUGGGUUGGUGCAAGAGGGCAGGGCAUGCACGGUACAGGGCGUGCCGGGAAUGGGUGUGCGAUGGGACAGUGGUAAGGCAGGUUGGUAAAGUCCCGUAGGGUGCAGCUGAUUCCGCAGAUGGCGUGCCGGGAAUGGGGUGAGGGUUGUGUUUGCAAACGGCGGCAUGGAAUGCAAGGCUGCAGGGCCACGUGACAGGCUGUGGAUUUGUGGUGGAAGUCCAUGACCGUUACGGCAUUGCGUGCUGGGGUUGAGUUUGGGAAUCGGGCCGUCGGGGCUGCUGGCUGGACCGGUGGCAGCCGGACGAGGGCCGCGUUGGUGGGGGCGAUGGCGCCCGCUUGCAUCCAUGAUUGAUGAAUGUGCUUGUGCGCAGCCGGACGGUUGUGUGUGCUCUUCAUGACCAUGCUCAAGCUACUGUAAAAGUGUGGCGUCUUGUGGCCUUCAUGUAAUGCUAUCAUGUGCUGUCAGAAGCACGACUACACAGAAACACAAAGAAAUGCACACGC